AUGGAUCCUUUAAAUCCACUCAACAUAAGUAAUCGCCAAAAUCUUGACGAUUUUGAGUUGGAAGCCCUCCGUGAGCCCUACCAAACCAUACUGACUAUUAGCUAUAUCAUAAUGGCACUGUUAGCUUUUAUUGGCAAUACUACUGCCAUUGCAACACUGGUCACUGGCCGCCAGCGUUCGGCACCGGAGCUCAAAAAAUAUUUGAUAAACUUGUUUACCACUGAUAUACUCAUUGCCCUGUUUUCCAUACCCUUCUCCUAUACGGACUUCAUGUACGGCCAGUGGAUAUUUCCAGCCAUUAUGUGUCCAAUCACUCAGUUUAUUACCGGUUGUGCCGUUUGUGUCAGUGUUUAUACAUUGAUUGCUAUUGGAAUUGAAAGAUAUUUGGCAAUAGUUUAUCCAUUUAGGCAAUUAUUAUGUUUUGAAAGACACACCAAAUUUGCGAUUACAAUCAUUUGGAUAAUAGGUAUUGCCUUAAGUAGUCCACUGCUAAUCGAGAGUCGGGCGCUUGAAUUUAAAUACAGAAACAAAAUACUAUACGAUUGCCGUGAACUAUGGGACCAGGAGUUGGGCGGAAAAGUCUAUACAGGACUCAUAUUUAUAACCACAUUCAUUAUACCAUUGAUAGCACUGAGCUUUCUAUAUAUUUCCAUUGGUGUGACCAGUGCCACAAAUACUGUUCCCGGAAAUUCCAACCGGGAUCACGUUCAACAACAAAAUCGCAUCAAAAUUGUCAAAAUGUUGGUAAUAUUAGUCAUUUCGUUUGCCGCCUGUUGGCUACCCAUCCAAGUGUUCAAUUUGGUGAUGUGGUUGUGCGAUGACUGUCGUACACUAACCUCUCAAUUUCAGAUCAACAUAUAUGUGUCCAUAUAUUUUAUAUGUCAUUUUUUAUCGAUGGCUCACGCAUUGAUCGAUCCAAUCAUCUAUUGUUUUAUGUCUCAUAAUUUUAAGAUGGAUCAAUUGCGUUCAUACAUGUAUGCCAACUGUGCUUAUAAUAAUCGCAAUGAAAAGAGGGGCGAAAUAAUUAAAUUUCGAUCAAAUUUUAUGUCAAACACACAUUCGGCUACCAAUGGAAAUGUUAGUGAAGUGGCCGUAUAG